GAGGCCGAGCUGGUGUUUUUCCACUCAGCAGGAUGGGUGAUGCUCGGCGCUCGCUCAUUAGACAACAGACACGAGAGGUCAGGAAGAAAGCGCUUAUAAAUUACCGUUUCCUCCCUCGCAGCCCUGUUAGUCCGCCUUGGCACUCUCCCCGGGACACACGGGACAGACCCACAGGCAGCUAAGGCGCUGGACAGAUACCUGGUCAGAGGGGUGCCGCUGCUACAGGAAGAGAAAAUCCAUUCUGGAGAGACUCUUCUUCAUUGCCUCACCCUAUGGAGGAACCAGCACUGCCCAUCCACAUUGAGGAGGGGACAGAAGUUCCAACGGAAAGCAAAAACAUGGCAACGAAGGAAAAACUGCAGUGUCUGAAAGAUUUCCACAAGGACAUUCUCAAACCUUCCCCUGGCAAGAGCCCUGGGACACGUCCUGAGGAUGAGGCAGAGGGGAAGCCACCACAGCGUGAAAAGUGGGCCAGCAAGAUUGACUUUCUGUUGUCUGUGGCUGGAGGAUUUAUUGGAUUAGGCAAUGUUUGGCGAUUUCCGUAUCUCUGCUACAAAAAUGGCGGAGGUGCAUUUCUCAUACCUUAUUUCAUUUUUCUGUUUGGGGGAGGUCUUCCUGUGUUUUUCCUGGAGGUGGCACUAGGACAGUAUACCUCCGAAGGAGGAAUUACAUGCUGGGAAAAGAUCUGCCCUAUCUUCACUGGAAUAGGUUAUGCUUCCAUAGUGAUCGUGUCGCUUUUGAAUGUGUAUUACAUCAUCAUCCUGGCUUGGGGACUGUACUAUCUAUUCCACUCUUUUACGAGUAAGCUGCCUUGGGCUUUCUGCGACCAAGAGUGGAACACAAAAAACUGCAUAGAAGACACUCUCAGGAAGAACAAAACCCUCUGGUUGUCACUGAAUACCACUAACUUCACUUCUCCUGUGACAGAGUUUUGGGAGCACAACGUAUUGAGCUUGUCUUCAGGAAUUGAUGAGCCUGGUGUUGUCAAGUGGGACCUGGCACUAUGUCUCCUCCUUGUCUGGGUGAUAUGUUUCUUUUGCAUUUGGAAAGGUGUAAAGUCCACUGGGAAAGUUGUGUACGUAACAGCAACAUUCCCAUUCAUCAUGCUUUUUGUACUGUUAAUCCGUGGUGUCACUUUACCUGGAGCUGCACAGGGCAUCAAGUUUUAUCUUUACCCUGACAUCACUCGGCUAACAGAUCCACAGGUCUGGAUAGAUGCCGGGACGCAAAUCUUCUUCUCCUAUGCAAUCUGCUUAGGUGCAAUGACUUCCUUGGGGAGCUACAAUAAAUACAAAUACAACUGCUAUAGGGACUGUUUGCUGCUGGGAUGCCUGAACAGUGGUACCAGUUUUGUGUCUGGCUUCGCAAUUUUUUCCGUCCUGGGCUUCAUGGCACAAGAGCAAGGGGUGGACAUUGCUGAUGUGGCAGAGUCAGGUCCAGGCCUGGCCUUUAUUGCCUAUCCGAAAGCUGUGUCCAUGAUGCCACUCCCAACUUUUUGGGCUAUUCUUUUUUUUAUUAUGCUUCUGUUGCUUGGCCUGGACAGCCAGUUUGUUGAAGUUGAAGGACAGAUCACGUCAUUAGUUGAUCUGUACCCAUCCUUCCUAAGGAAGGGUUACCGACGGGAAACUUUCAUCGCUAUAAUAUGUUUCGUCAGCUAUCUUCUGGGACUAUCUAUGGUGACUGAAGGUGGCAUGUAUGUGUUUCAACUCUUUGACUACUAUGCAGCUAGUGGUGUAUGCCUUUUGUGGGUUGCAUUCUUUGAAUGCAUUGCUGUAGCCUGGGUUUAUGGCGCUGAUAAUUUUUACGAUGCCAUUGAAGAUAUGAUUGGUUACAGGCCCGGUCCCUGGAUGAAGUGGAGCUGGAUUUUAAUCACACCAGUUCUCUGUGUGGGGUGCUUUAUCUUUUCUCUGGUCAAGUAUACACCACUGACCUACAACAAGGUGUACAUAUAUCCUCAGUGGGCCAUUGGCCUGGGGUGGAUUCUUGCCCUCUCUUCUAUGGUCUGCAUCCCACUUGUAAUGCUCAUCCGUAUUCUACAGUCCGAUGGCUCUCUCAUUGAGAGGGUGAAGGCAGUGGCUGCCCCUCGUGAGAUUACUCGGUGGGAGAAAGAAACAGAGAGCGCUGCCCCCUUCUGCCCUCCUGGAAUGGCCAAUGGAGAACUGAUCAAGCCAACUCAUAUCAUCGUGGAGACAAUGAUUUCACAGAAAGGAGUGUUGGGCCUGUAUCAUUCAAAGCAGCGUAGUAGCAUAUCGAUCACCACUGUAAAACCUGAAAUGGACACCUAGACCCACUGCUGAGGAAGCUACUGCAGCACAGGACUGUUCAGGACAUGCAGCUGAGUGUGAGAGAGAGAAAGAAAGAAGGAGAUGCAAGAGGCAGACUUAGAUCCUGAUCCUGAUAGGCAUUUAAGUAGUCAUCAUUUGUAUCGUAUGGAGAUGAGGAAGCACAAGAAGAUAAAGUGAGCUACAAAGGCAUUUUAGUUUGGAUGAGGCAUGAAAUGUCUGAACAAGAUUUUUCAUCAAUGAACUAAGCAUACAGAACUUUCCCACUUACCUCAGGAAUAAGGAUUUGUUUCUGGAAAUCUCACCCCAGUUUUGACCAAGCCCUGGUUCUUAUGGAUGGUGUUGGAUAAAGGCUCUUAGACCCUCCCAUAUGGGCAUUGAUCUUGAGGGAGGUGGCGAGCCCUUUUAAGUGAGUAUUCGCACUAAACGCAAUAUGGGCAGGAUUGUAAGCCAGAAAUGGCAGCAAAGCCUUUACCUGAGUACCUGUAGCCAGUUUAGUCUGUCAGUGACAGAUACUGUAGUUUAAACUGGAACCUAGCCAGUAUUUAAAAACAUUCCUAAUUAGAUUUUUUAAAAGAAAACCUAAGAAAAUGUCUAUGUGUGUCCCAUGCUCUCAUUGGCCACAUCAUUGGUUUUACAAAUGUUUGCUAAGUCAUGUCAGGUUUUAUAUGAAAUGGAAACAACAACUUUAAAUAAAAAAGGACCAAAGCACAGUUAUUUCAAGUUUCUUGUAUAGCUGACUUUUUUUUUAAGGUAAGAGUCUCAGAUUUAUUUUUAUGCGAGGGAACUGAACUUUGAGUACACACAGGUGGUCAGGGUCAGGGCAUUUAUUUUCCAGUGACCAUCCAACUGGAAGAGCCUUAAGCCAAACACUUCCAUAAUAUGCGAUGACAUGAUAGCAUCGUUCUCAAAUCCUGGCCCCUACCAGCUGAAAAGCUUAACCUGGAGGGCCAAGGCAGCCAAGGGAAAGCUGACCUCUCUCAUCCAAGUCUCAAUGCUAUCCAAAGUAGGACUCCAGUUUAAUAAGCACAGGUCAGACUUGUAUUGUCUCUUUUCAUGCUAUUGGGAAGCAGUGAGCAGUUAGGCCAGAAGCAGAUCUUAACUGAAUUCCCUUGACUUUCCCUGGUACACAUUGACCUAAAUACGGUGCAGUGUGUAUUUUGAUAAGCAAGUAAAUAAAUGAGUUCAGGCUUUCCAAAGCAGCUGAUGAUCCCAUUGCAAAUAUAAUCAACCAGGGGAUACUCUAAGCACAUAUUGUGGGAGGAUGAAUUUCCAGAACAAAACCAGAAAGAAUCAGUCCUGCGCCUUUCAGAGUUCCAGCUAGGGAAGACAAGUACCCAGUCCAUUUUGAGGUUAAGCUGUGCCAUUUGAAUCAGUAGCUUCCAUGUUGAGGGUGAAAGGGUUUUAUAGGCAUAUACACAGUGACCUUAAAAAGUUAUGCUAGCUAGUUAGUGUAAUUGGGGGCAGGUGGGGGUGAGCAAAGCCUCAAUCAAGUUUAACACAGUCUGUCACCCCUAGGUUUUCUGUUCCAAUGAGCACAUUUUCACACCGCUAAAUCUCUGAAUAAUCGAAUGUGGUAAAUCUGAAUGUCAACAGUAGAUUCUGCCAAAUUAAAGGGCAUGGGGUGGGAGUGGGGACAGGGUUAGGGGGACAUUGUAAACAACUGUUUGUAUUUUCUACUUAUUUAUGAUUGAAAAAAAGAAAGACUGGUUUUUUUCUAAUUUACUUUGUAGAACUUUGUGGCCUAUUUUAUCUGUUAUUUUGUAACUAAGAAGUUAAAUAUUCAGUAUUGUGACUAACUGUUGGUGAACUGGUUUGGAUUCAGGGAGAUGGGGAAGGGAGGGUGGAAUCGCAUACAUGUUUGUUCACAUAAGUGAUUGCAUUUCAAAAAAAAAAAAAAGUGGGGAGAGAAUGGGAGCAUACCUUGAAUGCUUUGUGGGUUUGGAAAAGGGACAUGUUCUUGAAACAGUGUUCUUGAUUUGGAUGAAUUCCAGAAAUGUCCAGUUACAGAUCACUGGGAUUUUCAAGACACCUGCAGCCAGCAGUUGUAGAUCUGGUUCUGACCAAAGCAGUUUCCAGAGUUGUCUGGUAACUUUUGUUUAAGAGAAGGACACAUCUUCCAAACUUUCAGCAUUAAUUCAUCAUUAGUCACGAUCUCGUUGAGAGGUAUCAGUUAAUAACAAUAUAACCAGAAGUACACAUUUACAAAAUAUUUAUACAUACUGUAAAUUUUAAAAAAAAUAUGAAGUUAAUUCUCAUUAUUUACACUUUGCUUCAAAAUUAUGUAUGUGGUUGUGGUCAGAUUGAAUCCGCAAGGCAGAAUAAGCAUCAGAAUCAGAGCAUGGAUGUUUUGAGCAACCAAAAACCUGGGUGUUUUGUUAUUUAAGCAGCAACAGCUGGGCUGGGCAGCUGCUGAGGCAGGCCUAGGGAGGCAGAGGGAAGAGGAAUGACUGCAGGAUAGGUGAGCAGUCAAGGCUGAUGGAAGGAAACUUGCGGCUAAUUUGUGCAACGAGAAGGUAUGUGCUGCUAUGGCAACAGAAAUUACUGUGGUUUGCUUUAAGCCUUAAAGAGUAAUGUAAUUUUUCAUUUUUAGUGUGACCUUAACCCAUGUUUACUUGAAGGUUAAGCACCAUCAUGUGCAAUGGGGCAUGCUUCUGAGUAAUAUACAUAGCAGGUCUCCACUUCCAAAUGCCACCAGGAAACAAUUUCAAAGAGGCAAGAAGUGUUUCAGGGCUGUAUCCAGUUGUACCUCUCCUGACUGGCAAUAGGCUGCUUUGUCUAGUGGUGGCUUCCAUGGUGGAAAGCGAGAGGUUGUUUUUUGCAAGUCCCCUCUUACUCCUGCAUUGCUCCAUACUACCAAAGGGCUCCCCAAAUCUCUGGAUCAGAUUUAGGGGACUGCAUUGGGAACGGAGAAUCAGGAGCAAUUGCCUGUUCUCCCUGCUUUUCCUCCUGUUUCUGUCUGUGUAAACCUUCAGUGGAUCAAAGAGACUUCCAUCUACAGAGGGACACCAUUGGGUACAACCCUCAGCCAUUAUUGCCUCUCUGUCCAUCAGCCAGUAGGACACUAUACAGUUGUAAGCUUUGCACAGCUUUCUUUGCUUGAGAGGACCUGAACUCAAAGCAUUUAGUUAAAAAAAAACAACCUUUCCUCUGUAGCAUUUUUUAGAAGUCUGUAGUUGCUGGCCUGUUACAAACUGAAGGUGAUUUCCAUGCUGUAUUGAGUAAAUCAUAUUGACUGGUGAAACUGCUGAACAGAAGCUCAAAUAUGAUUUUAAAGGAACAAUUACACCUCCACUGAGGCAAAACUGUUCUUCAUUAUUUUUCUUUUAAUAGUGAUCAGUGCAGAAUAAAAACUUGGUUCUUUCCUGUAUGGGAAAAGGUAGUGAUGUUCUGAACUACCUUGCCAUGUUUGAUUUUUUUUUUUUUUGCAAGAACUGUACACUAAAGGAAAAGAUUGUUUAUCAUAUGGAAUAUGAACCCAAACUUGGAUGCUAUCUGUUUUGGACUGGAGGCGGGUUGGAACCCAAAUCCAGGUUGAAAUCCAGGAGCACAACCCAGCUUUCUGCACACAAUUGACCAAAUGAUCAGACGCCAAUCUCUGAACUGUACCACUUUUGUCCAGAGCUAAAUCUCAGCCAUGGUUAGAAUUCAAAACCUCCUUCCAAUAUAUGAUUAAAUAGUAUUGAAAAUGGACAAGGAGAGCUUGGAAAUCAUCCAGAUGCAACCUCUGCAGUUUCAAAUUGGUUUGCUUAAAUUUAGUGUGGGAGUCCUAAUUGUGCUAAACGCUUGGCAGGAAGAAUGUAAUUUUAGACCACAUGUUGUUUUCCUAGUUCCUUCUGGAAAGGAGCUGUGUAUUCCACCUGUCUCUAUCUAAAUCUCUAAAAGUAUGUGCUGACAGCCUAGUCUGCAAUUCAGUUAAGCCAAAGUAUUUUGAUUUAAGCCAAUUCUGCCUCGUUGUCUUCUAUGGUACUAAAUCCAUAGAAGUCCCAGUCCUACAGCAUGAACAAGUUGUGGAUUAGGCUGUUGGUUGCCUGUUAGUACUUUAUGGAAGGCUAGAGGGGCAGGCAAAAAUGAUAAGAUGUGCAUUCCUUUGUCAGGAAAUAAAACGUCGUAGCUUAUUUUUAAACAAUAGCCUUAGGAAUUCCACUGACAGCACUAAUACUAGCUAUGGAACUAGAUCUGAAAAUUCCCAUGAUAAGUUCAGUUUAAUUGUUUUUUUGGGGGGGAAGAGAAGUAAAAUGUGCUAAAAGAAAACUAACCCCUUAUUUCCUUUUCUUAAAACACAAAAAGUAGAUAUUUUCAAGUUCUGCAAUCCACUUAACUGGUAUCUACUUAGUAGCCGGCUGGCUCAAAGAUGAACUCAGACACCCAGCCUGCUCUUCAAAAUGUUCAAGGGAGCUCAUUUUCCUAUAAAUAUUUUUAGGAUUGCAGCUGGAAUAUUGUUAAGUCAGGUUUGGGUCCCGAAGGAGUUUUCUAGCUCAGAUGUGUUUGCUGAGCCCUAUGCAUUCAGCAAGCAAGUUGGCCUAAGGCUGGAAGCCAACCCCUUCCUAUGGGCAGCCAGGCAACUGAGUUGAAAAACUCUCUGGAAGGACAGGGUAACAGAUGAACUGCCAAAUGGCUAGCAGUCAGCUGCGGAAGGGCAAUGCUUGUCUGUCUGUGUGUAUGUAUGUGAAUGUGCGACUUAUUUUAAGGAAGGACAAGGUUAGAUGGCAGGAACCAAAGGACAGUCUGAGGCUGUUCACAAAUGUCUCUUCCCACCUCCCCUCGAAGCAGUCAGUGCAGUGCUCUGAUACAUUCACUGUUGUAAUAGAACAUUGUUUGUGGUGUUGCUGUAUUGUGCUGUAGUGGUUUUGAAAGGAAUGCAUCUCCAGGGGGCUCUACAGUUAUAAAAAUAAGACUUGACGGCCUCUUUAGUCUACUGAAAACAGUGGUGAGCAUUUUGGAAUUAUUAUUUGAAUUCACACUUGUGACUACCAUCUGUCAGGAGUAGCCACGUGGAUUGGAGAGGACACCAGACUCUCCUCCUUUUAAAAAUAAUUUUUCAGAAUAAUUUUUUAAGAAGACAUUUUAAACCUGUUGUCGUUUGUCAUUCUUAUUGUUCCAGAAAGGAAUAUUUGUAUAGGAAUAAGAAUUUGGAGUGUACUUCAACCCAGAAAAAAAUAGGUUUUAUUUGUGUAUUCUGUAAAUGUUUGUAUUUUGCAGUUUUAUCUGUUUUGCUUUUUAGAUAAAGAAAAUGUAUAUUGAUAUUUUAAAAGUCAUUUUUGCUUUUUUAGAUGAGUUUGUAAUCAUCACAAACAGAAAAAUAAAAAAGCCUUUCCUUUA